CGCUGAGGAAGGGCAGAGGAAGGGCAGCGAAGGGUGCCUGAUGCCGCUGGGACAUUCCGGGCUUUGUCCCCGCCGGCGGUGGCGCGCUGGCAGCGGUGCCCGAGCGGCAGGACAUGAGUAAUCCCCGUCCCACCGGGGGAGGCGGAUCAAAGGCACCCGAGGAGAUACAAGAGGUUUCUGCUCCGCAGACCGGAGCGGCUGCAGUUCAAUAGCGCCUUUGUUACCGGGCCCUGCCGAGGCAGGGAUGGAGAAAUACCUGACCCCGCUCCCUCCCUCCCUCCGGCCUUCCCUCCCCGCUCCCAGCCCCUCGCAGCACAGCCCUCCCAGCCUCGGCGGUGGCAGCCACAGAAAGGUUGGGGAGGGGUCCAAAAGACCCCUGGGAGCAGCGGGGUGACCCCCCCGAGCAGGAGGAGAGGACGGUGAGGGCGAUGCCACCGGGGCGAUGCCGCUGUGCCAGCCCUGUCCCGGCUGGCACCGGGCCCUUCCCGCCAGGACCGCGCCGCGCUGCCAAAGGUCACAGCCGUGCUCUUUGCUGCUGCAAACCACAGCAAAAUCCCUCCCUGCCUCCCAUCCUGGCGGCUUCGAGAGCCUGGAUUUCCCAAGGAUUCUGGCGAGGAAGGGAGUCUCCCUCCCUGACCUCAUCAGCUCCCGGCAAUUAACGGCGGCUGAUGAGGAGCGCUGUCCUGGCAGGGGGAGGGAGCAGAGGCCGGAGCUUUCCCAGGGACAACCUGGGCACCCCCGGUGCCACCCGAGGAGCCUCCCCAGGUUUCCCGGAGCCGCUCCCAAGCCUCCCCUGCCCCGGGUGAUGCCCCAGUUCACCUUCGCCUGCUUCUGUGGCCUCCAUGGCUUCUGCAAGAUGAAGAGGAAGAAAGAAGAGGCCGGCGGGGGGCAGGAGACGGCCGUGUGAGGAGCAGAUCCCACCCGGGACCCCUCUUGUCCCCUCGGCCGAAGGGGAAAAGCCGAAGCGCUGCAGUGACCUUGCCCAGGAUGUCACCCCGGUGUCCCUGCCCAGGAUGUGACCCUGGUGCUGCAGUGUCCCUGCCCAGGAUGUCACCCCGGUGCUGCAGUGACCUUGCCCACGAUGUCACUGUGGUGCUGCAGUGACCUUCUCCAUGAUGUCACCUCGGUGUCCCUGCCUGGGUCCAAGAAUUCCCUCCUGCUCCAGCCGAGCCGCCCCUGCUCCAGCCAGACACACCUGGAAAAUCCCCAAAAUCGGCCCAGACCUUGUCCUUGCCAGAGCCCAGAGCCGGGCAGGGCCUCCUGCUCUGUCCCUGCCUCCUUCCCUGUCCCCGGGACAAUCCCUGGCGUCCCCAAAACCUCGGGAUUUGCUGGCGGUUCGGGAAUUCCUGCUGCCUCCGGAUCCGUUGCUCCAGAACCGCCCGGCCCUGAGCGAUGCUGGAGCAGACAAAUCCCGCUGGUGGCAGUGGCAAUGAACUUCCAAGGGCUUUUCCAAGGAUUUUCCCAGCUCUGGAGAGGGAGCAGAGCCCCGGCUGCUCACGGCUUUCCCUCGGGAAGGGAUGCAGGACCCUCCCCAUCACGGACCCGGCUGGAAUUCCUGCAAAUCCCUCCCGUGCCACGGAUUCCCGGAGCUCACGGAGCCUCCAGCUCCCUGGGAAAGCAGAGCUGUACCCCCAAAGAUGAAUUUGUUCCCACCAGCAAUAAUCCUCCUUUAAUCCCAUCCCACCAAGGAUCCCUCGGAGCUGCCCCCUGCUCACAUCCCACUGGGAAUUUGGGCUGGGUGUCCCCCAGGCAGGGCAAUUCCUGCACCCUGGGUGGCAGCCAAGAGGGAAAAAAACCCCCCAAAUCCUCCUUUUUUAAUAUUUUUCUCCCCAGGAACCACCAGGUCAGAGCCAUCCCUUCUCCCUUCCACGGGGAGGAUUUUCUUCCAGUCUUCCUACAGGCCAAAAUAAUUUGUGGCUGUCCCAAAACUCGGUGUUUUUCUGGAUUUUAUCCCAAGGACAGAGCUCCAGGUGGGGCCGGGGAAGCGUUGGGAAAAUGCUGACUUUGCCCUGAUUUCUGUUUUUGCACAUCAGCAGAACUUCCCCAAUUCCACCUUCGCAUCCCCAGCGCUGCCCUUGGCUCUGGGAGAAAAAAAAAAGCCAAAAAAAAACAAAACAAAAAAUCCAAGGAAACUGAUGGAACUCUAAGGGCAUUUCCUGAAUGUAACUUUAUUUUUGCACAAGGAUUUGUGGUGGCCACACCGGGAAUGUGAAAGGAUUUGAACAAUUUGGGAUUGAUCCCUGCUCUGGAAAUGAUCAAGAUAAGGGUGGAAUUCCAGCCUUGUUUUAUUCCAGGAUAAAUCCAGAGGGACAAUCUGACACUGAGAUGUGUAGAAAAAUAUUAAUUAUAGAGAAAUCAGCUUGGACUGACUCCCAUCCCUCAGAUUUCUCCUGUUUCUCCAGGUUUCUCCUAUGCAAAAAACACAAAAAACCAGCAAAAACAAAGCCAGGCUCAGCAGCAGGCCCUGACUCAACAAAGCCCUGCUUAAGCCUAAGGCUUUGCUUCAGGAUUUUGCUCCACCCCAUCAAUUUUCCUGAUUCCAGCCUGGAUCGAUCCCUGGCAAAGAGGGAAAGGCACAGAACCCUCCCCGCGGCCUCUCCUGACACGAUCAAAGCAUUAAAUCUCUUUUUAUUGUCCUUUUUUUCAUCCCUGCUGCCCGGAUUUCUUUGGGAAAGGACUCCCAAGAUGAUCCUCGGGAGACUCCCGGCACCAGGAGCCAUAGGAAUCCGUACUGUACAUUUAUUUUUUGGGGUUUUUUUUUGUAGGGAGGGAAAAAUAAAUGUGACAUUUGUAAAUAAGCACAGGCAUCUUCCACGCACAGACAGAGCGCUUCCUAUAGGAAUUCCUAUGCCAGAGGAAUUAAGAAAUUAAUUAAGAAAGCUAUUAAUACAUAUAUUAUUAAACACAAUAAUAAAUAUUCAAUCAAACAAACAAAUAAAUUCAAUAUUUAUGAUAA